AAUAAAUUGGCUAAGGAAGCUGUAGAUGCUUUAUACAGUCUCUAUCAAACAGAGUAUAUAUAUGGAGCAAUUGCAACCACAAUUUAAAUCCUCUGUGGAUAUUAUCUGAUCAUCAAAUAGAAGAAUAAAAAUGUCAGAGAUGAAUGGCAGCAAAGAGAAAGGACCAUGAUGUCCCUGUUGGUUCUGGACGUGAUGACCAUUACUUGUGUUUUCACUUCUGCUCUACAAUUUGACAGUGCAAAGGUUUUUCGUGUGAAACCGCAAAAUGAAAAGGAAGUAAGUGUCAUGAAAUCCUUGUCAAACCUCAUACAGGUUGAUUUUUGGUACCCAGAUACGGCACUGCAUAUAGUCAAACAGAUGGAAGUAGAUUUCCAUGUCAGUGCUACACAGAGUAAUACUGUUGAGAGACUCCUGAAACAGAAUGGCAUACCUUAUGAAAUAUUAUUUGACAACCUACAAAAAGACAUUGAAAAGCAGCUUGAUGGUGACAAGAACGAUGGACACAGCUAUGAACAAUAUAAUGAAUGGGACAAGAUUUCUGAUUGGACUGCCAGAAUUGCAAAAAGCAACUCAACAUUGGUUUCCCGUAUCCAGAUUGGAAAGACAUUUGAAAAUCGACCCAUAUUCCUUCUUCAGAUUGGAAAGAAAAAUGAAGAGGGAAAGGCCAUCUUUAUGGAUUGUGGUGUUCAUGCACGAGAGUGGAUUUCUCCUGCCUUUUGUCAGUGGUUUGUGAAAGAGGCCAUCAGCACCUAUGGAAAAGACAGGGACAUGACAUAUAUACUGGAUAACAUGAAUUUCUACAUUGUUCCUAUAGUCAAUGUAGAUGGCUAUGUCUGGAGCUGGACACAGCAGGAUCGUUUCUGGAGAAAGAAUCGUUCUAAUGCAUCCCAGAGUAACUGCAUUGGCGUUGACAUCAAUAGGAACUUUGAUGUUGCAUGGAGCACUGCUGAUGCUUCCAGAAAUCCCUGUGAAGAAAUAUAUUGUGGAUCUGCACCAGAAUCUGAACCAGAAACUAAAGCAGUUGCUUCAUUCAUCCGUAGCCAUCUUUCUUCAAUCAAGGGCUACCUCACCAUGCAUUCCUACUCUCAGAUGAUAUUGUUCCCUUUUGGUUAUACCUAUGAGAAGACAGCAAAUUAUAAUGAAUUGAAUGAACUUGCAAAAAGAGCUGUCAAAGCUAUAGCCAGCCUAUAUGGUAAAGUGUAUAAGUAUGGAACAUCAGCAUCUACUAUCUAUCUUUCUUCUGGUUGUUCCGAUGACUGGGUAUUCAACCAGGGGAUCAAAUACUCCUUCACCUUUGAGCUUCGUGAUAAAGGCAAAUAUGGAUUCCUUCUCCCUGAAUCCCAAAUCAAGCCAACAUGCCAGGAAAUAAUGCUAGCAGUCAAGUUAAUCGCCAGUUACAUCCUCAACAAGGCUUUAUAAUUUGGACUAAUGCUUUUGGAUGCAUUAUAGAUGUUUGGGAAGUAAUAGAUCAUCAUUUAUUACAUGUAAAAUAUUUGUUUUGAAUUUGAAAGCACUUUUGGGAUCUGUGGUCCCAAGUCAAUGCAAAACAAAGGCAUUUUAGCUUCUUCAGUUUCAAGCAUAAAAUAUAAUUUCACAAACAGUCUUCCUGCAAACUUUAUUCUAAUUAUUAGACACAGAGGGACAUUCCAGAAAAGAAAGGUUUUUAUAUUUAUCUUCAAUAUCUGUAUAAAUUCUGAAUUAAGGAAAAUGUAUGGUUUUGGUUAUUGAAAGACAUGUCAGUUAAGACAGCUUGAAUUAAAUUAGCUAUGGUAUAUAUUUUCUUAGAAUUAAAUAGAAAAAAUAAAGGGAUUUUCUUUUGUUUUUAUGAUUGUUUUGAAUGAAAGUCAAAUGGAACAACCAGUCCCUCAUUAGAAAUCAAAAUGAAAGGAGGCCAUAGUGUAAUUUUUAUAAGAUGCACACAGCCAAAUAAUAUUUUGGCAUCUUGUGUGUCCCUUAGAUUAAGUGGAUAUUUUUACAAGUGCAAAUCACAGCUGAAGUGGAAGAAACCAGGACUGGACCAUGUUGUACUGGAUCAGAUGUACUACCUUUUCUUUUGAUAAGGCUGAAAAUUAUUCCUUCAUACUAAGCUUUUCUUUAUAUUGGAAGACGUUUCACUGCUGUAAAUUGGAGUUUUUCUUGUAAUUCAAGUAACAUCUCCCAGAGGUGAUUUUCACUGUAACAGGUCAUGAGGGAUAAAGAUUAAACUCAUCUUCCCAAAUUCCUGUUGUUUCAAUAAUGUUUUUACUUCUCAUGAGAGCUAUUUACAGGUGUAAAAACAGUCACACAAAAUUAACAUUAUUUAGAAUUAUUGCAGCUAUGUGCUAUAUUAAGCCAUAAUGUAGCUUGCUUCAUUGUGAUUUAAUAUAUGCAUGAGUCUAGCCAAUCAUUCCUUAUUCAAGCAAAUCUGUUAAACAAUUCAUGAUAUAUUAUGAUAGGUGAAUCCAGUUACUGAAUAUGAUAGUUUGGUUCUUAAAGAUGCCAGUGGCAGCAGGGGCAUGAACUUUUGGCAGUCCCCAACAUUGUUUCAGAGGAAUUCAGAUGUACUGAGUACAUAAGUUGUGGUAUUUUGUAUUUUCCUUAAUUUCAGAAAAAUAUGCAGAUAUAAAACUUAAAUCUAACCAAAAAUUAGAAUACUCAGAUGAAUGUAAAGGGCAACUACUUAUCUAUGUGUUUUGUCCACUGGUUAAAUUAUAAAAACAUUAUGCAUUCGUGCCUUUUCUCAAACCCAUCUCUGAUUACCUUUCUUUAUAAAAUUUAUGGUCUCUUGAUUAUCUUCCUUGCCAUGUUCUGAACCUGUCCCAGGUUCUCUGAAAUUCAUUUUAAAGUGAGAUGUUCAGAAUGGGACACUGUAGUUGAUAUUAAUCUGACCUCAGCAAAAUAAAGUAUUGCCUUCUGCUGUUUAAAAAUUAUGCUUCUGUUGAUUUAAUCCAGGGGUCUUCAAACUUGGCCCUUUUAUGACUUGUGGACUUCAACUCCCAGAAUUCCUCAACCAGCCACACUGGCUGAAGAAUUCUGGGAGUUGAAGUCCACAAGUCAUAAAAGGGCCAGGUUUGAAGACCUCUGAUUUAACCUAAAAAUGUAUCCAGGCAAUACCAUUUAGAUUCUACAUGUUUUGAUUGUCUAAGGCCAAGUGUAGUCAUGUUCAACAUGCAAUUUUUGAAGUCUUUAAAAGAACUAUAAGAAAUUGUCUGAUUUAAUAUAUUGAUCCCUUGCUUAGCCCAAGUAUUCCAAUAAACAAUUAAAUUAUUUUCAUAUUUUAGAUUAUUCUACAAAGUCAGUUUCUCUGGUGAUUCAGAGUCAAAAUGUUACAGCUUACCUAUUAUAGACCAAAUGUGCCUGCCUGUUUUCAAGGCUGGAAAUGAAAAUAUGUAUUUAAUAAACCCACAUCCUAAAACUUGUCAUGACUUCAAAUCAUUACUCUCCAAAUAGACCAAAAAAGGGGAACAGUGCCAUGGACCUGUUAAGUGUUAAAAAUUGUCCUCUCAUUCCCUGAUCCAUGCUUGUCCAGACAGCACACUACACAAGCCAAUAGAAUUAGUCAGCAAAUAUUUGUUUCACUUUCUCAAAGCCCUUUUGGAGUUCCUCCAGCAUCUUUCUCAUUUUACAUUAUCUCUUUUUCCCAUGAAUCUUCAGAUUAUCAUCAAGUUUUGUGGUGUGGCAAUUCAUGAUAUCUAUUCACAACUUUAAAUGGCAUAAAAUUUAAAUCUUCUCCAAUAUUUCACCUGCUUCAGUCUCUUUCAGGAAGGACUGCUGCUCCACUUCUUUGACUAAAGAAAAUCAAUGUUUUUUUUCCUUGUUUUUUGCAAUUUUCUGUCUGACCAUCUCUGAUUAAAUCAAGCACUUUAUGGGUCCCUGACCAGCACUGACAUUUUUGACUGUGCAUUGACUGAAUCUUGCUAUCUUGAAAUGACCACACUUCCUUAGGUAGGUGCAUUGUUUUGUUUUGAGUUAGUCAGCAUUGCCCUCUGCUGGGCCUUGUUUUAAGCACACAGUUGUUAAUUUUUAUUUUUAUUUAAAAGGGUGGAUAGGAGAAUAGGAGCUAAGGUGGUUGAGGUAGUGAACUUGUUCUCUGUGGAAGUCAUUGUUUUUAUUUAUUUUGUUGGUUUAAUUUCUUUUUGUGUAAGUAUUUUUGUUUUAUGUUUUUAAUUCUAGGUACAGUUUCUUUUGUUCCUGGUUGGAUUAUUUUCAUAAUAAUUCUUUGUAGCCAUAUAUUAUUUAUCUUUAUAUCCAUAAUGCUACUUUUUAAUGCUUUCAAGGGCAGCUUACUUUCUAUGGUUUCUAUACAUAAUUAUAUUGUAUUUAAAUUUUUCAUAUGCUAAAUUUAAGGAUAUUAAGUUGGAAUGUGAGCGAAAUGUAAAACAUCCUUAAACAUAGAAGGAUUCUACCUAGCUCUUUAAAUAUCUGAUGUUAUAUUUUUGCAAGAAUCUCAUGUCAGAGAGGAUGGAAUAUCUUUUUUCAUCUGAAAUAGGAUGACCAAGUAUUUCAGAAUAUUUGCAGUAUUUUCAAUUUAAGCAUAUUUUAAAACUCAAUAUAGAUUAGAUACUUUGGCUACUUCAAAGGUAUCUGAGAUGCUGCAGUUGAUGGAAUCCAUAACAGAAACCAUAAUAUCUCUUUAUCAAAAGUUGAAGAACAUUUUUAAGUGAAUAAUAGUGGGAUAUAUCAAACAUAAACCAAAGGAUUAGAUACACUGAUAAUGCCCCAUCAAUGGCUUCAUGUUCUUAAAGAUGUUAAAAUGGUAUUGAUUAAUUUCAGACUGAAGCUGAUUCAUCAAAAAAAUAUUUAGAGUGUAUUGGACUCCCCAAAGGACGUACUUGAGAUUGUCUCUGUGGGAGAUGUAAAAAGGAUUAUGUUAUGUAUGUGGGGGGUGGGUAGCUAAAAGGAUAAUAUUGAGAAAUUGGAACAGUGACUUUACUACAGACAUUAAAGAUUGACUUUUAGAAUUCUGAAAAUAUAUCUGUUUCAGAAAAGACAAAAUGUUCUACUAGUAAAAGGAUGAAGAAAUAUCUUUUUCUAUGGCAUAAAUGUUAUAAUGUUUUAUAAUAAUAUUAUAAUAUAUGGUAUUUGUGUAAAGCACUAGCCAAUUGUCAGUUUAAUGUAUGAUAGGUUUGUUGUUUCCUUUUUUCACUCUUCUUUUUUUCCUCUUUUUUAUAGUUUUUAUUUUUAUGGAUGUUUAGUUUAAUUUUGUCAGUAUUCUGUAUCUUGGUACUUUGCUUUAUAUUCUGUGCUCUUUUAAACUAAAAAGAAAUAAAGUGAAAUAAAACUAAAAA